AUGAGUCAAUAUUCGCUUUUGAGAAGGCGUGAUAAAGUCACAACUUCAAGCGAACACCGAAAAAAUAUAGGUGUUGACGCUGAAACAUCAGAAGGUAUAUCUUUGCCAUUCUCUUCAACCUUAAAAAAACCUACUUCGAUAACAAAAGAUUACCUUUCCACUUCACCACGUAAAUAUAAAUUAUCUAACUCAGUAUUAGAAAGUAUGUCUUCUGACACGGGUUCAGACAUUGAAGUUUUAUUGAAUAAUAAUAUGGUUUCACGAAAAGACGCGAGUAUUUCUCGACAAAAACCCAAACAACUCACUAAAAGUUUCUUAGAAAUACCAUCCUAUAAACCGAUAGUUUACAUAGAUAACAAUAAAAAUAAUAAGAAUUUCAGAUUGCCUUCACCAGAAUCACUUGAAAGAAAAGCCGAAAAAACAGAUAAAUUUCGAGUUCCAUCCCCAAAACCAGAAUAUCUAAGAAAAAGAAAUGAUUCUGAUCAAAAAUCAUCUACCAAUAAUGGAUUUAAACGACCAUCCCCUAAACGAACUUUAUUUGAAAAUGAUCUUAACAACAAAGCUGCUGAUCGUAUUGUUACAUCUUUCUCAAACACUAAUACAAAACGUAGAACUAAAAUGACCUUGAAAUCUGCUUAUGUUAAUGACAAUGAUGCGGAUAGUGAGAUUGAAACCAAUUCUACCAAUUUCAAUCAGCGUGUAACUUUAAAGAAGAAAGAAUCUCUUCUUAAUUCAAAUCCAUUAAGAAAAUUCAAUAAAGAACCAUUAUCGGAUUCUAACAAUAAUUAUCAAUCAAUACAUGAUGUAAGAAAAUUGCGCCGUCAGAUGAGGAGCGUAUCCCCUACAGAAGCCACCUGUAGUUCCCUCGUUUCAUUGACCAGAUCAACCAGGUCAACUAGAUCAAAAAAACCGAACAAAUCGAAAAAAUCAACUGAUAUCAUAGAUCUAACAAAUAGUGAUGUAGAUUCCGAUAAAUAUGAUAACAACAAUGUAUUUAGGGUUCCUUCACCAAUGAUAAGGAAAUAUGAUAACUUGCCAAAAGUAGAUUUUUCAUCUGAUGAAGAUACACCCGAACCUGACGGAAAACGGGGAGAUUCAACUGAUGGAAAAAAAUAUUGUCCAUAUUGUAAUGUGGUACUUCCGGAACCACUUCCGCAGCGAAUCCGAGCUUAUUUAACAAGUAUCGAUUCAGCAUCCAGUCAGCCACCAUCGCCAUCAAUACUCCUUAAUCACCCUACAAACGUUGUAGAUCAGUUUGAAUUUUGUCGUAUUCAUGACGCAGAAUCUAAUAUCGUUCCAGUUGGACUGCAGAAAAACUAUCCCUUAAAAAUAGACUUUGAUAAUCUACCUAUUCGCGUUGAAAGUAUGUUUACUGAAUUAAUGAAGGUAGUGACUGGGGAAAGGAAGAGCAUGUUUAGGGAAAUGGCAAUGGAGACUUAUAAAGAAUUAGGUAGAGCCAGGGCACGAAGACCAAUUGCGUUAAUGGGGAGAUUUCAAAAGUUUCAG